UGCUCUUCAACACGAUAGAUUUGAUGCUGAUGUGGCUCAGAAUGGCUCCUGCUCUUCAUCUGAUCUUUCUGCUCAUCAUUCACAGGGUUUCUGCUGCUGGUUGGGGUGUGAAUUACAGUCCUUCACACAUCUGUGCACUACAGAACUCAACAAUGACAAUCAGCUGCACUUUUACAUACCCGACUCCUGGAUAUCAGAUCGUAAAAGUGUUUUGGAUCAAAGACCUUGUAAAUGAUGAUAAGUAUCCAGAUCUGUCUGUGGACCCUGAAUACAGUCAGAGGCUUCAGUAUCUGGGAGAUAAACAGCAGAUCUGCACCGUCAGACUGAGUCAUGUGACAAAGAAAGAUGAAGGCCUUUAUUAUUUCAGAUUCAUUACUAAUGUAACAGGAGGAAUGUGGACUGGCACUCCAGGAGUGGGCCUCUCUGUCACAGAUCUUCAGCUGGAGUCUCCUGAGAGAGUGACAGAGAGAGAUUCAGUCCGUCUGACAUGUAACAGCAGCUGUAAACUGACUGACACACCAACAUUCAUCUGGUACAGAAACUCACACACAUUGACUGAGAGAAGCAGUGAACUCCUGCUGCAGUCAGUCAGAAGACAAGAUGCAGGCAGAUAUAGAUGUGCUGUAGAUGGACACACACUCACAUCACCUGAGGUCUAUCUCAAUGUCACCUAUCCUCCAAAGAGCAUCUUAGUGUCCAUCAGUGGAUCUGCUGUAAUAAUGUCUGGAGAUUCAGUGACUCUGAGCUGCAGCAGUGACUCAAACCCUCCUGCAGAAAUCAGCUGGUUUAAAGGAAAAAAAUAUCUAAAUUCUGGAAGAAUCUUCAGAAUCCCCAAGAUCAGCUCUGAUGACAGUGGAGAAUACAAGUGUAGAGCCAGAAAUGAACAUGGAGUGAAAUACUCUGAUCCUGUGACUUUAGAUGUUCAGUACCCACCCAGGAACAUCUCAGUGUCCAUCAGUGGAUCUGCUGUAAUAAUGUCUGGAGAUUCAGUGACUCUGAACUGCAGCAGCGACUCAAACCCUCCUGCAGAAAUCAGCUGGUUUAAAGGAGAAACAUCUGUAGGAUCUGGAAGAAUCUUCAGCAUCUCCAAGAUCAGCUCUGAUGACAGUGGAGAAUACAACUGUAGUGCCAGCAAUAAACAUGGAGAGAAAUACUCUGAUCCUGUGACUUUAGAUGUUCAGUGUGACUGGUAUAAAGGAGACACAUCUGUAGGAUCUGGAAGACUCUACAGCAUCUCCAAGAUCAGCUCUGGUGACAGUGGAGAAUACAAGUGUAGAGCCAGGAAUGACCAUGGAGAGAAAUACUCUGAUCCUGCUCCACAUGGAGCUCAGAGAUCAGACGCCGUCACUGUCACUGGUGAAGCUUUUAUCGUCACACUCCUAAAGAAACAAAGGAGUGCUAAAUCUGAAGGUCUCACAGUGACACAGAAUGGUCUGUAUUCUGAUCCUGGAUCAGUGGUUGAUGCUCUGUAUGCCAGUGUAAAUCCCAAAAAAGGCAGAGCUGCUGAAAGCAAUGAUGCUGAGGAGAUCCAGUACGCCACUGUCCAAUUUCACAGAGACACACAGAUGAAGAGAGAGUAUGACAACACACCAGUUCAGCAGCCUGAUCAAGACCACAGCCAAUCAAAAGCUGAAAGAGUGGAGGACUCCGUGAUCUACAGCAGCGUCCGUUGA